UCUAUUUUCCCAAGGCCUCGCUUGCAGAACCUUUCCCAUUCUUCAACAAUCAAUAGUCCAAUACUACUUUUUUCCUCCAUGACUAUCAAAGCUUUCCCACACACUCUUUCUCUCUCUAGACCUCCAUUGUUGCUUCGAGAUUCUUGCACCAUCACUUGGUUUUCCGGGUAAGCAAGCAAGAUUGUGAACACAGCUUAAUUUGCAAUUUACAUUUUCCCCAACGGUCACUUUUUUUUUGGGAGCGGGGUUUAUGUAGAGAUGUUUUCUUUGGUUUUUUUGGUCUUGCUUCUCUGCAAGUCUCAUGGUCUAGUAAGUGGUUUGAAUAGUGAAGGUUCUGCACUUUUGUCAUUCAAGCAGUCCAUUUAUCAAGACCCAGAAGGGUCUUUGGGUAAUUGGAAUUCCUCUGAUGAGAACCCUUGUUCAUGGAAUGGGAUUACAUGCAAGGACCAAAAAGUUGUGUCUGUUAGCAUUCCCAAAGGAGAACUUUAUGGGUUUCUUCCUUCUGUUCUUGGAUCUCUCUCUGAUCUUAGACAUGUAAAUUUGAGGAGUAAUAGGUUCUAUGGGAGCUUACCGGCUGAGCUCUUUGAAGCUAAAGGGCUACAAAGUUUGGUCCUUUAUGGGAAUUCCUUAUCUGGGUCUUUGCCAAAUGAGUUCUGGAAGCUAAAAUAUCUCCAAAACUUGGAUUUUUCACAGAAUUUCUUUAAUGGGUCAUUACCAACUUCAAUUGUUCAGUGCAAGAGACUUAAAACCCUUGACCUUAGCCAAAACAAUUUCACUGGUUCUCUGCCACAAGGGUUUGGCACUGGUUUGGUUUCUCUUGAGAAACUUAACCUUUCAUUCAAUAAAUUCAAUGGUUCAAUUCCUAGUGAUAUGGGCAAUUUGUCUAGUCUUCAAGGAACUGUUGAUUUGUCUCAUAAUCACUUCUAUGGUUCAAUACCAGCUACCCUUGGAAACCUCCCUGAGAAGGUGUACAUAGAUCUAACUUAUAAUAACUUGAGCGGCCCUAUUCCCCAAAAUGGUGCUCUAAUGAACAGAGGACCAACUGCGUUCAUUGGGAAUCCUGGGCUUUGUGGCCCUCCAUUGAAGAACCCCUGUUCCUCAGGUACUCCGGAUGCAAGUUCGCCAUCCUCGUUUCCUUUUCUGCCUAACAAUUCUCCCUCUCAGGAUUCAGAUAAUUCAGGCAAGGGUGAGAAGGAAAGAGGUCUAAGUAAGAGUGCAGUUAUUGCAAUAAUAGUGAGUGAUGUAAUUGGAAUUUGCCUUAUUGCCUUGUUGUUCUCCUAUUGCUAUUCAAGGGUUUGUGCUUGUGGUAAGGACAAGGAUGAAAAUGGCUAUGGGUUUGAGAAGGGAAGAAAAGAAAUGAGGGAAUGUUUGUGCUUUAGGAGGGAUGAGUCUGAAACAUUAUCGGAGAAUGUAGAGCAACAUGAUCUCGUGCCACUGGAUACACAGUUGGCAUUUGAUUUGGACGAGCUGCUUAAGGCUUCGGCUUUCGUUUUGGGUAAGAGUGGAAUUGGAAUUGUAUACAAAGUUGUGCUGGAAGAUGGGCUAACAUUAGCUGUAAGAAGACUAGGUGAAGGGGGUUCCCAAAGGUUUAAGGAAUUCCAAACUGAAGUAGAAGCAAUUGGGAAGCUUAGGCAUCCUAAUCUUGUGACUCUCAGAGCCUAUUACUGGUCCGCCGAGGAGAAGCUGCUCAUCUAUGAUUACAUUUCGAAUGGAAGCCUUGCCUCUGCACUUCAUGGGAAGCCUGGAAUGGUGUCAUUCACUCCGCUAUCUUGGUCCCUUCGAUUAAAAAUUAUUAAGGGAAUUGCGAAAGGCUUGGUCUAUUUGCAUGAAUUCAGUCCCAAGAAGUAUGUCCAUGGAGAUUUGAAGCCAAGCAAUGUACUUCUUGGACAUAACAUGGAACCUCACAUUUCAGAUUUUGGUCUUGCAAGUCUUGCCCAUAUUGCUGGAGGGUCCCCAACCCUGCAGUCUAGCCGAAUUCCUACAGAGAAAACACAGGAUAAACAACAGAAGAUUACAUCCUCUGAAGUUGCCAUGGUUACUUUGUCUACAAACUUGGGAUCAUAUUACCAAGCACCUGAGGCCCUUAAAGUUGUAAAACCAUCACAGAAGUGGGAUGUUUACUCAUACGGGGUGAUACUACUUGAAAUGAUCUCUGGUAGAUCACCAGUAGUUCAAGUGGGUACCUCGGAAAUGGAGCUUGUUCUCUGGAUUGAACUCUGUAUUGAAGAGCAGAAGCCACUCUUAGAUGUAUUAGACCCAAAUUUAGUACCAGAUGUGGAUAAGGAAGAGGAGAUUAUUGCAGUUUUGAAAAUCGCUAUGGCCUGCGUUCAAACCAGCCCCGAAAGAAGGCCUACAAUGAGGCACAUAUUAGAUGUUUUAAACAGAUUGGCUGUCUCAAGUGAUUGAGCUUUGACUACAUCAUUGGUGAAAAUCUUUGGCGAUUAUCAACACUGCACAAUUGAGGCAGCUGCAGAGAAACUUAUGGAGCUUGUGUACCAAAAGGAAGUGCAUUCAUGCCAUUAUUGGCUUCAGAUUCUCCUCUUUAUCACUGCACAAUGGAUAACAAGAAGUCUGCCAGAAGGGUUUAGCUGUUUCUACUUUUAUUAGUUUAUAUGGUUUGGUUAUUUGUUUAUACAGUAAAAUUUGUCUAUUUCUUCUUGUUCUUAUUGCCUACACUUUUGUUCUCUGCCUUCCUUAGUCUAUGAAGUUUGUCUUAUGAUGUCUGCAAUAGAGAAUAAUGAUCAAAUACACAAUGACUAGAAGAUAAAAAUUACUUUGCUUUCGAAUAGCAAGGCCUUGUCUUUGUUGUUUGUGUGAGAAUUCUUAAAUAUUAUCUGAUCAGAACAGAUUCCACA